AUGCCAGGGCUCGCUGCAGCCAUGAGGCGUUCCAAGGUUUUCUUCGCCCUGCUCGCGCUCUCGCUGCUCGUAUCCCUCGCGCUGGCGCCGCAGUGCCGCGCGAAUGAGAUCGCCGCGGACAAUGACGACGCCGACGAUGACUUGGACGCCGCCAUUUCCGCAGACGCGUCGCCUCCUGGUGCGUGUGGUACCACGUUGCGCUCGGAAACGCCAUGCGCUCCCCUCCGACCCUCCCCUGCUUUGCCUUGA